AUGGCUCCGAAAAAGGCCAUGAAGCCACCCUCGAAAGAGGGCAAAGAGGAGGAGAGGUCUCUUUCCGGGCACCGCCCUCCUCCUACUGCUGCUAUGAAUACGUCUUCAAAGCCUCCUCCCUCCUCUUCAUCCUCCCGUCAAACUAGGGGUCUUCCUCUGCGCCUUUCUACCCCUGCGGCAAAGCCUCUGGAUCCGCGCCAGAUCCAAGAGCUGCGUGACCACAAGGCCAAAUUGGAAGAUGACGCACGGCGCAAGAAAGAAGAAGAAAGUACUGCUUGGAUGCGUCGAACCAACUAUGACCCUGAUGCGGGCGAGUACAAACGGCCCAAGAGCACUGGUUCUAGUAGCAGUGACUCUCCCAUCCGUCGAGUCCAGACCCCUCCAGAAUUUCCGGAAAACUGGACCGCGGAAGAAAGGGCAAACUACGUCCGCCUUGCAAGAGAAGGCGUGAAAGUGGCUGUUUUUGAACAACACAGACUGGACCUUGAGAAGGUUGAGCACCAUGAAGAUUACAUGACGGUUGUAUGGGAUGGCUGCAAGAACAUUGACAUUCCUUGGCAUCGAUUCAAAAUCAUGCCUGCUUCUUCUGCACCGGAGGAGACUCAAAUCCAGCGUCGGAUUGGUUACAACACUUCCGGCAAAGAGAUUGAGGUUAUGAUGAACGCGUACCCGAUCACUUCUUUCCCGGACAAGGCCGUCUACCAGUACGAGAUCAAUGUUCUCCACGGAGACCAGAACGAGACCGACAGACGGAUCCUGAGAAAGUGCUGGAACAGUGAGACUCGAAAGGCACACAUCCCUGAUGGUAUCUGGGAUGGUGGAAGAAUCUGCUGGUCGCUACGCAACUUCGAUGACUGGAAUGAGAUUAUUGACUUCAGGAGUGAAUUUACCCGGGAUGUCAAGACUCUUACUAAGAAUCAGUACAAGACGAGUCCUACUUUCAGAAUGUCCGUCAUGCAAAAGAGGAAGAUCAAUCUGUCAGUGAUCAACUCCUGGUUGCAGAAUCGCCAUGAUCUGGAUCAACUCGUGAUUGAAUCUCUGAGCUUCCUUGAUCAUUUGCUCCGUGAAUGGCCCACCAAACAGUUCGCCGCAAUCAAGCGGGCCUUCUUCUUCGACAAGCUUGGAGACGACGAGGAGCUGAAGCAGGAGUUUUACCAGCCGCUCGCCAACAUGGGUGCUUCCGUUUACCGAGGAAUCUACCAGGCAAUUAAGCCAACUCCACAAGGUCUGAUCCUCAAUGUUGAUGUCGCUCAUUGCGUCUUCUUUUCUCGUAUUAGUCUUAUGGGGUACAUGAUGAAUGUGAACGGGUGGAACGAUAAGUCGACCCUGGUCAGGAACCUACAGUCAACCCGCGACGAAUUUGGCGGUACGAAGGAAUCGAGGUACUUCGCACAGGUGAACAAGAGAAUUCAAGGUCUUCGAGUGGCACCCAACUACGAGGGUUGUCCUUUCAAGAUGAAAAGCUUCAUUGUCAAGGGCCUGAUUCACGCAAAGCCCAAUGAGUUUUACAUUAGCUAUCACGACAAGGCUACUGGGACGUCUACUCGGAUGCAUCUUCAAGAUUACUUCAUGAAACGGUACAACAUCCGCCUCGAAUAUCCCAAUAUGCUCUUGGUCGAGAUGGUGAAGGAAGACGUUCAUUACCCAGCCGAAUUCCUAGUCAUCAAAGGCCUUCAGAGAUACCGCUACAAACUUACCGAUAUGCAGGCGGCGCAGAUGAUCCAAUGGUGUGCAACCAGGCCUCCGAAGCGUUUGGCCAAUGCUCGCCAGUCCAAGGAACUUCUCCAGCACAAGGAGGACCCGAUCCUGAAGCUUUACGGUAUGAAGAUCAGUGACCACAUGAUCAAAACAAAGGCUCGCCUGCUUCCGAGUCCUGAGAUUCAGUUCGGGGGCAACCGCAAGCACAACCCGCAGCAUGCGGGAAGUUGGGAUCUCCGCGGUAAGAAGUUUUACAAACCCAAUGAAAAGGCCCUCCAGGCUUGGGGUGUUGGCUUCUUUUCCGGACAUCGAAAGUCAAUCAGCCAUGACCAAACCCUCAACUGGGUCGACCAGUUUGUCAAGAUGUACAAGAGCAUGGGUGGUGAUGUGACUGGCCGACCGGUUGUCAAAGGAUUGAGCGAAGACGUUGGCAUGAGUGUCAAAAAGCUGUACGAUGCGAUCGCAGCGCAGAACAAGAGUGAGCCACAGCUCAUGGUCUUCAUCGUUCCCGACAAGGACUCCUGGGUCUAUCUUCGUCUCAAGAAGUCUUCCGACUGCCGGUACGGCACCCCCUCUCAAGUGCUCCAAUCUGCACACUGCAUCAGCAAUAGACCUCAAUACCACGCAAAUGUUCUCAUGAAGGUGAAUGCAAAGCUUGGUGGAGUCACUGCUCGGGCUGUCCCCAAGUCAAAGAGUCAAGGUCUACGCCCAGGCUCCAUGAUCAUUGGUGCAGACGUCACUCAUCCAAUGAUGGGUGUGUGGACCCCGUCGUUGGCAGCCAUGUCGGUUUCGGCAAACUCCACUGCAACUCGCUACAUGGGUGGAUGCGAGACUAAUGGAGAUCGAGUUGAGGUUAUCCGGGAUAAAGUGAUCGAGUACAUCCUGCACCCCAUGGUUGCUGAGUGGAAAGCGACUGUUGGGGGCGGCAAGGCUCCUGAGUAUGUCUACUAUUUCCGUGACGGUGUUUCUGCGUCCGAAUACCGGAGAAUUCUUUCAGAGGAGGUCCCUGCAAUCCGCUUUGCAAUUGCACAUGCAUGUGGUCAGCCAGUCUGGGCAGGCAAGAUGUGUGUUGUGGUUGCCAACAAGCGCCACCAUCUUCGAGCGUUCCCUGACCCCAAGAAUCGCGCAGCCGCAGACUCCCACGGAGCUCCUUUGCCGGGCACUCUUAUUGAUCGGGAUGUUACUAGCCCACAUGACUGGGACUUCCUGCUCUACACACACAUUGCUCUGCAAGGAACUCCCCGCCCAGUCCAUUACCAUGUCCUGUUGGAUGAGAUGGGUCUCAAGCCCAAUGACCUUGAGGGUAUGAUCAAUGACCAUUGCUACCAGUACAUCCGCUCGACAACCUCUGUGUCUGUACACCCAGCAAUCUACUAUGCCCACUUGAUUUCGGUUCGUGCUCGCCACCACGAGGAUGUUCCUAUUACCUCUGGCCCCCAGAGUGGCCCGGAGGUGAAAAUGACAAACCCGAAGCCCAAGGAACCCCGAGCCAAGAGAUUGCUUCCCAUUGAAGGCACCUUAAACAGGCUGGCCCUGGGUAUGUGGUACAUCUAA